UUUAAAUAAUUAGCGCCUAUUGUGUUUCAUUGCUAGCAAAUCAAAAUUUGUAUACAUAUGUGCCCUGUACAAUUAAUUAUUUAUUGUUUUUUGUGCAAAACUGUAACUUCCGCAACUUCUCAAUUGAUCGGACAAUAAAUAAUUAAUGAAAACUGUGACAGCUGUUAUAAAAAAAUCAAAGUGUACCACAAAAUGUCAAAAUUAAAAGUUUAAGUCCAAAAAAUUUCCAUUUGCCCCAAUGUCACUACCAUAAUAACAUUCUUUCAAGAUUGCCCAUUGCGCAUACCCCAUCCCAUAUGCCUAUUCGACACUCCAUGAAAAUUUAUUUUUAAAAUGAAAUAUUUCAAAUUUGUCCUUUCAGUUUUCAUGAUAGGCUGGCUAAUAGUUUGUUAUGCGUCGACUACAGUGAGAGCAAGGGCGGUAGAUUUGAAAAUUGUUAACGCAAAAAUUGUGCCGUCAGCAAGCAGGAAAGUCGGCGAUAAAGUUUUAAGAAUUGAUACAAACAACGAAAAAUUUCUCAGAAACGAAAAAAAGGUCAACAUUCCUCAAGAUCCUGAAGAUCUGGCAAUUGUUUUUGGAGUUGGAAAGUUGAAAGAUUUCGAUGAAAAUUUUAAAAAUGCUAUUAAAAAACAAGAAGCUCAGCUAAAAGUUAACGAUUUGGCAAAAAAGAUAAGCAAAUCGUCACAAAAUACUGACAGUAUUUUUGAAAAUGUAUCAACUGAUAAAGACGCCCCGUGGUACAAUUUUGAUAAGCUAAUGGUGAAAUGGGACACCUUUGCACCGUAUUACGAAAUAGUUAUGUCACUUGUAAAGAAUAAAAAGUUACAUGAGGGGUUGGGUACUGUGCGAAAAUACAUUAUAAAUUUUGGAACUCUACUUAAAGGUAUGUAUAUUAUUUAA